ACAGACAGACACACCGUGGGCGGGUCCUGGGCGCCGGGAGACGGCGGCCGCUCCUCCCUCCUCGCCCUCUCCUUCCUUCCUUCUCUCCCCGGGCCGGGCCGGGUCGCGGCUGUCGGGUGGACGAUGUUGUGGAGCCGGAGCUGCCUCAGGCCGCUGUUCCCGCUCACCGCCAACCUCCUGCGGGCGGCGCCCACACCGGCGCAAAAGGACUCAGGAUCGUGCUUCCGACUGAGACAAUGCACAGUGGCCCUUUACAACACUCUCGUCUCAUCUGAUGAGGUGACUGUCGAAUGCAAAAAUAGGUUUACAGUAAUCUCCAUCAAGCUCCCCUCCAGAAAAGAGUGCUGCCAGUUUAUUGUAAAGCCACUGUUGAUGAAUGUUGGAAACUUUCUGAGGGAUGUGAAGGAUGAAGAUCAAGGCAUCAGCAACAUUGCAAUCCUUGCAGAAGAUGGCACCAGAGUUUCUGCCUCCACUCCAAUGUAUGUUCUGCUAACAAAUAACUUUCAAUUAGUUAUUAAUGAGACAAAGUAUUCUGUAAUACCUCCGAAAAAAGACCAGGUGUGCAGCGAGCAGUCUACAGAGAUGGACAGUGUGAAAGACCUGAUCCAAAGGCUUUAUGUGGCGUUACAUGUAGAAAAUCACCAGCUCAUCAGAGAACAGGAACUCCUGGAGAAACUGGAAGAGCUAAACGACCAGCGACAAAUUAUUGAACAGACGAGGUCGCAGUUAUAUCUGAAAGCUGAAGCUAAAUCCGGUCGAUUCAUGUGGACAGCUUUGGGUCUGAUGGCCACUCAAGGUGGAGCAUUGGCUUGGCUAACAUGGUGGGUCUACUCCUGGGACAUCAUAGAGCCCGUCACCUACUUCAUCACAUAUGGGAGUUCUUUGGCCUUUUACGCAUACUUCCUCAUCACGCGCCAGGAUUGUGCAUACGGUGAGAUAAAAGACAGACAGAUGCUUCAAUACUUUUACCGGAUUGCCAAAAGACGUAGAUUUGACGUGGAUAGGUACAACAGAAUCAAGGAGGAGAUAGAUGAGGUGGAACAUGAUCUCGGACGUCUGAGGAAUCCUUUACAUUUGCAACUUCCAAUCGAACACUUAAGCAGCAAAGUUUAAAAAUCUACAACUGAUGUAGGUGUAAAUUGGGACAGUUUUAUGACGUUAACCUCUUUGUCACCAGGUAUCCAAAAUCCAAUCACCACCUGCAGCUAUUGUUCACAGACUAUUCUCUUCACAUUUGAUUUUAAUUAGUUCCUAUCAGUGGACACAUACUGUAUCAGACAUAAUCUUUCAAGUUACUCCACACUGAGAGCUAAUUUUCUUUUUGAUAAAACACACAGUGCACCAACGUAUAUGAGCAAUGGGUCAUUUUACAGGCAUCUUCCUGGAAGUAAGCAGAAAUGAUAACUAGAACCUAUAGUUUGGUGUCAGAGUAUGAUUUUACAUGUGGUGCGCACCAUCUUCCCUUGCUACCUGUUAAUCUGCGCUCGCUGGAGCCCGCUGAGAAGCAGGGUCAGCGUGAUGUGUCGUACUUGGUCAGUGCCAUCGCUUUCCAAGCCCCCACUCCCUCAUCAAGCUUGAAGAAGGGUCUCGACCCGAAGCAUCACCCACUCCUUCUCUCCAGAGAUGCUACCUGUCCCGCUGAGUUGCACCAGCUUUUUGUGUCUAUCUUCAGUUUAAACCAGCACCUGCAGUUCCGUCCUUCACAUACUGAAGUUUGGGAUCGGUUUGCUGCAAAUACAGUUUUUAAUAUCAGACCUUAACUAGAAAGCAAUACAUUUUAAUAGAGCGAUAUGCAGUGUUGUAAAGAUAACGACAAUGACUCAAUACAAUCUUUCUUUACCAGCUGAGCAUGAUUACAAGAGGUUAAUUGUCUUAAAAGGUUAAGUAUUUUCUUGAGAGGGAUGUAACAACAAUAAAUGGACGUAUCCACGAGCUUUGUGACAGACUAUAUCACAGAAAAUAUCUGAUGAGUUGAAGUAUGAUUCGGGGGAUUUUGGUUAUUCAUUUUAAUUAAAACCUACGAUACAGAAUAACCAGUGGUGCAAUGUAAUCCUUAAUUGUACUCAUGGAUUACAAUUCCCAUGGGAUAUGAACAUCUGGUUAGGAUGUCUAUCUGUUGUGUUAUGCGGUGGGAAAGCACCUUAGAACGGUACUUUAAUUGGGGGUUGCAUAUAUCAUACUCCACGACUUUGAGAAGAACUGGGGAACCCACAGUAGGUAGAACUUAAAAUAUGUCUUUAUGCGUUGCAUGUUUGAAUGCGCAGGAAAUUAAAAAGAAAAGUUGACUUGGAUCUAUCAUUAGUAAGAGGCAAAAAUAAUGAAGCAAGUGCAUUUUUAAUUUAGAUUUUUGUCUUUAUCCAGGUUUGAACAGUGCUGACAACUUGAGACCAUUCUUCCACAUUAAUGCCAAAGAAUGCACUUAAUUACUAUUAUUUAUGGAAGAAAAAUACCAUCAGAAUGGUCACAGCACAUGCCAUAUGAAAUGAUGAGAAAGCACAUCAUAAAUUCUCCUGUUUAAAAUUAUCCUUUUCAUCCCCCUUUUGAAGAGAAAAUAAUGGCUGAGGCAUCUUUUUAUAAUUUUCUUAGUAACAUUAGGGCAAGUACCCUCUCUCUGAUCACUAACAAGUCCCCACUUGGAAAGAGACAAGUUUGACAUUUUCUUUUUGAUGCUGUUUCUGGUUUCUGUAAAACUUGGUUUAACUUAGUAAAUUGGAAGUUUCCUGUUUGUUGUUGUCUGUCACAGCCAACACACACAUGUAUUGUGUACUUGCCAUUAUUAAGGGCCUGUCCCACUUGGUCGUCAUUUACGCGUCACGAUGCGCGCAUGGUGCGUGGUGACGUAGGCACUGACGUGCGGUCGCGCGCUCGCCCCAGAAUUUUGGGAUUCACAAAAUCUUCGCGCGCCACCUGCGUGACGCGCAAAUGACGCCCAAGUGUGACAGGCCCUUUAAUUGCCCUGUUUUCCUCAUUCUGCUUUCCGUUUUGAAGAUAUGUUUGCUGUUAAUAAUCAAACAAUAAUAUCUCUGUCACUCAGUAUCUCUUGACAUCUAUCUCUUUCUUUCAGAGUUCUUGACCAAGUAAUGCUUACUUUUAUAUUUUAAGCUCUAGAUUGGGGUAUCGGCUUUUCUUUCCGGGAAAGCAGGGGGUUUGAUGUUUGAGAAAGCUUUCCGAUUCAUUUUUCAGGGGAAAAAAAGGCUCAUCUGAAUCAGAAAUACAAAUAAGACUUUCCAGUGCUAUUAUUCCAUGAUACUGGAAGGUAAUGAGGAUAUGUUUGAUACAUGUUUAUUAAAGUUUAUCAGUUUCUUAAUACUUUGAAAUGCAUUGAAAUAAAGAUUACAUUAUAGCAGUAAAAUAAUUGUGAGUGUGGUUUCAUUGCUGGAACUUCAUAUUAGUGGAAAUAGAAAGAAACUUAAUAAAAGUGAUAAUUUUG